AUGUAUGUGGAUGACUCCCGUGGAAAAAAGGUGACAAAAAAGCCAAUUUUUUUUCCCUAUUGUCAAACAAAACAAAAAAAAAUAGCCCGUCACCUCGAAAAUAAACAAAAAGAUGAAGACGAGGUGAAGAAAUUCAUAUUCUUACCCAAAGAAAUUGUAAUCAGCACGUCCAAGAGAACAACCCAGUUAUUGACUAGAAGAGUAACUUCCAGAAUUCACACUAAAGCAUCAGUUGUUGUGAGGAAAGAUCUCAAGCCUGUUCUGAGAGAGGAUGAUGUAACUAGGCUGAUAAGAUUCGAUGAACUCGUGAUCAUAUACGCUAAUGAAAUGACGGAGAAAUAUCGCAAUCCUCGUCACUUCGAUAUGAUCAGACAAAGGAUGAGGUUGAUCAGACGAUUUUUAUUGAUAAUGAAGAAAAUCGACAAAGAAAUAACUGAUCUCUCUUCGAUAUUCGAUCCCAAAUUCUCAGACAACACACUGAUAGCAAUCAACGAAGCCGCUCGAUUCAAUGCUAUUACGUGCAACUAUAAGGCACCAACAGUAGUCUCGGAAGAUUACAAGAGGAAGAAUACAAAUGAUUUCCUGAAACUUCUCACACAAAAAAAUUUAUAUAAGUAUCAACAGGAACGUGACAGAGUCCCAGGUUCAAAUGAAGAAAAAGUUACUCUGCCAUCCAUGGACGAUAUGGAAUUAUUGCAUUCCCACAUUACUUUGAUUCGAAAGCAAUCUCUAUUUGACAUUCAGAAAACCUUCUCUACUGAAGCAUUUUAUGAGUUGGCAGAGACUACGCUGAUGUCAAUCCAACUUUAUAAUAGGAGAAGGGCCAAGGAAGAAGAGAGAAUCCUGAUAGAAGAUUUCAAUUUCUAUCAAGGUAUAGACGACAACACUGACAAAGAUCUUUUCAGGGCUCUACACGAUGAGAGUAGGCAGAUUGCGAGACAAUAUGUCAGGUUCACGAUUAGAGCAACCACGUGCAUUACCCUCAAUUCACGAGAGCAAGAAGUUUCAGACCUUGCCAGUUUCAUGGGACAUGCAGAAAAAACUCAUAAAGAAAUAUACAGACAACCUGUCAUUAGUAGAGAUAUUCUGAGGAUGUCUAGAUUGCUAGAAAUUGCGCAAGGAGCUGAUAGUGAAACAGAUAGUGACAGCGACAGUCAGGUAGAUGAAAUGAAUAACCCGAAAGAACAACUGAAAACUCAUACUUGUGAACGUAUUCAAGAGAAUGAGAGAAAUCGAAAAAAUGAACCAGCAUUGCAGAGUCCCCUGUCGCCAGUAUCUUCGACCAUAAAGCCAGUAUCUCUACAAACACCACUUCACGAAAGUUGUCCAAUAGCUGAACAACAUAAGGAAAUUAACGAUGACAUCGAUGAACCAAUUGGACUAGAUAUGGUAGGGACUUCACCACCACAAGAACCAUUCGAACUUUUUCCAAGUACUUCAUCCAAAAUCACAGGUAACAUUCAAUUUUACAAGAUACCCUAUAACUAUUGA